UGAGGGAGCGCGCUCCCGGGCCGGCGUGAACGCGCGGCAGGGGGGGAGACACGUGAACCCAGGCGUUGAGUGAGUGAGUGAGGGAGGCGGUGCGAGCAGCGCUGGAGUGGUAAAGGCAGAAUAUUACACGGCGCAGGGAGCAGCGAGUAACUGCAGCACUGGCAGCGCAAGGUAGGAGGGGAGGCAAGCGGAGUAAAUAAAUAAUGAGAUAGCUUGGAAUAAAGGGCUUCAGGGAAUGAGUCCAAACAUCACAGGAGAAGCAGCAUUUGGAACUUCUACAUCAUUAAGUGCAAGGAAAGGGACAAGCCAGGUGCUCCAGCUUGAAAUCGAAGCUCUAAGGCUUUGUAUUGUCUCAAUGUGAUGAGAAUACAAUAUCACGACGACCAAGAAAGAACAUCUGAAGAAGAGCUUAUGCCUUGGUUUACUGACCAGCCACAUGAAUUUGUGGUAAAGCCCACAGAGAGCGUAAUAAUGAAAACAUCUGGUGUCCAAGACGACGAUGUAAACUCAACGCUCGAUUUUUCGGAUGCAAAAAAUUCGUUUGAACACCACUGUUCAAUUUGUGAUCAAUACUUUCCUUUUAGCAGUCUUUUGGCACAACACAUGACCAUGCACACAAAUAAAAAGCGAUUUAACUGUCCCUUCUGCAACCAUAAAACAUCUCAAAAAGCCCAUUUGAAAAUUCACCUCCGAAAGCACAAACUAGACCAUUUACAAGGAGAAAAAACGGCAAGGAAUAAGGCCAACUUGUCACCCAUAAAUUUUGAAAUAGCAAAUACGGUGUCUGGUGGUAUCGCGACUAAUGAGACCGGUGUGACUGAGAUUGAUGUUAAACCGGUAAACGGUGUUACUUUGUCCCUUGAGAGCUUGGAAGGAAAGGUAGUCCAAGCUGAAGCGUGCCCACCUCUCCCGUGUAUGUUCUGCAAAAAAAGCUUUCAACACUCAGAUGAUCUCCAUCACCAUGUGGUCAUUCAGCACAAGCCUACACUCUGUGAGCCAGCAGUCCUUCGAGUAGAGGAAGGUUUGAGCCCCGUUGAAGAGGAGCAUGUCGCUGUAAGUUCUCCAGAACAGGAGGCAAUGGAUGAAAAUGAUGAUGGUGAGCUUAGCUGCAAAGUUUGUGGCCUGUCCUGUGAGAGUGCUUUGAAUCUGGAAACUCACAUGAGGAAACACAAGGAUUCCUUUACCUAUGGCUGCAAUGUAUGUGGCCGGCGUUUUAAGGAGCCUUGGUUUCUAAAGAACCACAUGAGGACACAUUCGAGUAAAGCCAAGGGGAAAUCGCAGCAGGAUCCAGAGGGUCCUGCAACGAUCAAUAAUGUUGCUAUGCAGGAGCCAAUUUUGGGAAACGUUGCUUCUCCCUACAAAAUGUGCAUGGUGUGCGGAUUUCUUUUCCCUAACAAAGACAGCUUAAAGGAACACAGCAAAGUUCACAACAAAGAUUUGACGGAGAAGAUGGACGAUCCCUCCAUAAAUCCAGAACCCGCUCUGUCGCAGGAUGGAUUCCUACAGAUGCUGAAUUUGAGUCCUUUCCUGUCGCAAAAUUGUAACAAAUCUGCGAAGCUGGGGAAAUGGAUACCUGAGCUUGAUCCCUUCAACACCUACCAAGCUUGGCAGCUGGCCACCAAAGGGAAAGUGGCAGUAGGUCGAGAGAAUGUGAAAGAUCCAGGGCAAAUAGCAAACUCUGAGAAUGAGGAGGAACCAUCGGACAAAGAGGAUUCCAGUGAACAAUGGGUCAUGGAUAAAGCCAAUCAGGGUACGACCUUGGAGAAUCCUGACAAGGCUAAAAUGAAGCACAACGGCGUAGGGCAGAAUGGGUCGCCUCCAUUGGGAGAAGUGGAUGUUGAUCCCAAAUUAUCUCAGAACAAACUUAAACCAACCAACUGCACAGUAUGUGGUAAGAUAUUCAGAACCUACCAUCAGUUAGUGCUGCACUCCAGAGUACACAGGAAAGGCAGGAAAAGUGUGGAGAAUCCACCAAGUUCAGUUGAUGGUAGUGAUCCUGGCACUCAGUCGAUAGACUCUAACACAGGGGUGGAAGACCGCAGCCCAGGGACUGACAAGCCUGAGGAAGGCUCUGAAGAGGGCUCAGAAGAUGGAGGACUAGGCGAAGGACCUUCAUCAGAUCGUAGCGAGGAUGGCUCAGAACGAGGAAGAAGCAGAGAGUCUGGCUCAUCUGGUGAAUGCAGUUACUGUGGAAAGUCUUUCCGCUCAAACUAUUACCUUAAUAUUCAUCUCAGGAUUCACACAGGUGAAAAACCCCAUCGAUGCCCCCUCUGUGACUAUGCUGCAGCUCAGAAAACCUCACUUAAGUAUCACUUGGAACGGCAUCACAAGGGUGAGCAGAAAAGGACUGAAGAAAAGAAUGAGCCGCUGAAGAAUUCAUUGACAUCUCCAAAAUUGGAAGUAGCACCAAAAGAAAAUGAUGAAUCUGUUCAGGAAUCUCUUCAAGACUCCAAGAGGUUCUUUACAGAUUCUUUGGGCGGUGCCAAAGAUUUAGAUGCGAACAUUCCUCGGGGGAAUCAGAAAAGGAUUAUUUCGUCUACUAGUCCAAUUUUUCAAAAUGCCGAGUUUUCAAAUACGAGUAGAGAAUUCCCGGACCUGAAGAUCCAUCAUGGUCGACGAAUCUUCUGCAGUGCACUGUUGCCAAUGUCGCCAAUGUCUCAUGCUGAGAAAUUAAUGGAUGAAAAGUUGAUAGUUGAGUUACAGAGAUGUAACUCUGAUGCAAAGGCUAUUAUCGAACUUGACGAUUCCAAUGUUCUGGAGGAAAGCUCAAUGGAGGAACUUGCAGAAAACUAUACACAACAGAACAAUGCUAGAAGUAUGAAGGUGGAUCCCAUUCCUAUAAAUGACCAAUGUUAUAUUAGUACUAGACGUAACAGGGAGGACUACUGUGAUAAAUAUGAAUUCAGUUUAUUGGAAAAGCCUUUGAAUCUUUGUACCACAAUAUAUCGGCAAAGCCUGUGCAGCGCUGGUAGUCCUCAGGGAAAUGUAUCUACCUCAUUUUCCAAGAGUGCCUUACUGAGCAAUGUGUGCCCAUUUUGUACCUACAGAACUUUGUACCCAGAGGUCUUAGUGAUGCACCAAAGGUUGGUACACAAAUAUAUUCCUGAACCGAGUUCGAUAAAUGGAUUUCGAAAUGCUUUUCAUAGUGGGUCACUUAAAAGCAGACGCACUGGAUGCCCUCCUGCACUAUUAGGUCAAGAUGUUUCUUCUUUGCUUGCCACCAAAGAAAUGAGCAAAAGUUUUUCUCGUCGGACCAAGUCGCCAUUACCAGCAGCUCCAACCGAUGCUUCUGACUUGCUACCUGGAAAGGCAAAAUUAUCAUCUUCCUCACACCAGUCCCUGUGCAAUAAUCUCCUUCCCUCUGCAGCAGAAGCUAGAUCUUCCAGUGACUUUAAUGCCUUCAAGAUGACCCAGAGUCCUAACAUGCAACUUGAAAGCUAUGGAUCUAUACAUUCUGAAACAAGGCAGAUGCCAGAGAUGGUGCAAAAAGUAGAAAGGAAUGGUUCUUCAGAAGCUGGUACCAGUAAGAGAAAUGUGUCUGAAAAGUCUGGUACUAAAUUGGACUAUGAAUCUGAAGGACCCAGGGGACAUUUGUUUAGAUAUGAUGGUCAUUGGGCUCCCAAUGUUAGCAAAAUGUGUCUUACUAAUAUAUCUGAGAAUCAGGGAGGUUUGGACUCACAUGAGCCUACAGCUAAAAGAAUGAAAAUAAAUAGUCCUUUAAGAAAUGAUCAGCUUUCAUUUGGAAUAAGGAGGAGUGUUCAAGGAAGAAAUAUAAAAUUAUCUCAGGAGAUGUCCCCUCUUCAGGCAAGAAGCACAGGGAUAUCGGCUAAGCCAGGAUCAGCCUUGGAUUCAAAUGGAAUUGAUUCUCGUUGGAAUGUAUUGAAAAUUUUGAAUUCCUACAACCCACAAGAUCUCGCUUCACUGUACAGCACGUGUGGACCCAGUAACAGUAGAGAUACUAAUAUUGCUCAAGAAGGGAAGAGGUCGCUCCAAUAUCUACAACAUUCUAACAGUUCGUCACAAAAGCGGAGCAUUAAUCACACUCUUGGUGGAUCUUUAGACAAAGAGUACAUGACCCAUUGAAGCCUGUUAAUGGAAGAUCUGUUGAACGCUGUGAAUGGGAUACUCCUGCAUCAAAACUGAAGGUUCAAAAGGGGUGUCAGCUGGUCCACUGGUGAAAUCUAAUCACAUUCGAAGUACAGAAUGCACAUCCAAUAAGCUGUGAUUUGUACAUGUAUAGAACACUACUAUUCCAUUUAUUCUGGAUUGCAUUUUUUAUUCAUGCCUAAAAAUGUAAUCAGAGACUAUAUAAAUAUAUAUAAAAUUGCUUUGUAUUCCAUUUUGAUUCUGAACUUGAAAUUGUACCAUUUCUAAUUAAAAAUUAUCAAGUGUUUCUGUUUUUGCAAUAACUAUAUUGAUUACUUGGCACUAGUGUAUGGGCCAUCAAUUCUGGAAUGUUGGGCUCUUUUUGUUUUGAAAGAUCUUUCAAGCAGAGAACAGAUUUUUGGUACCUGAAGUUUAAUAUUUCUGGGAAAUUGUGUAACUCUUACUGAGGCUUUUCUUCUACGUUGGAAAAUUGAGCAAUAAAUUGUAUAACCUGUGGUAAUGCUUCAAGCUUCGGUCUUCCAACUCUUUUUGUAUACUAUCUAGUCUUGGGUGGAACAGCUGUGGCAAGCAAUACUUAACAUUGUUUAGUUCAUUUUAUAUUUGGGUGUGACAUUAAGUCUUAGUUUGGUUAAAUUGCACCAACAGUGUAUCUAGAGGCUGUAUGAGAGGUCCAAGCAAUCACAAAUUAUGGUUGCACUGUGCCCUGCAAAAGUGCAGCAUUUGAUAAUCAAUAGUGAAAAUGUGUGUGAAUCUGGUAGACAAACUAAAAUGCAUUGUAUUGAUCUGAAACGUGGAAGCUACUCAAAAAUCAUACUCAAGCGUGCAACAAAAACCCCAAUCUUAUUGGAUCUAAUGUUCAAAGUUAUUUUGCACACAAUGACAGAAUAUCAGUAUAGAAAUUUAGUGUAAAAUGAAGUUUGAUUUUGUAUGAUUUGAAUUACUUUGUGUUUUGACUAUAUAAAUGGUUUCUUUAGCCCUACUCAAUUUCAGACCAUGUUUCCACGUAUCCAUGAUUUUAAGCAGUUCAUUAAGGUGGUGCAGAAUGAUGAACCCUUGACUUCCCUCAUGGCUCAGUUAAAAUGAUGUAUAAUUAUCAACAAAACUGCACCGUGGACUACCUUGUCAUGACUUUUUCUCGCAAGGAUAAUUAUUCCAGCAUCUAGACUCUUGGAUAAAUUGUAUAAAACCAGCUAAUUGUAUCCAAAUUGUGGGCUCCUUGGACCUUCCCUUUACCUAGGUGACACAUUGGAUUAUUACAACGUAAUGGGUCAGGGAUUGAACCAAUAUGUCACACAAGUUAUUAGUUUCAAAGAUUGCAACAAAAAAUAACUCUUGACUGGAAAUGUAAAACUGAGCAUGAUUAAAUACUUUUACAAUGAACAAAAUUGGUAUCCUGAAGAGGAAUGGAAAGAUUUUAAUUGAAAAAGCCUGGAUUGCAUGAACAUCUUUUUGUUGAGGGAACCUACUAAUUAUACUGCUGAUUCUACCUGAUUUUUUUUUUUGGUGCUUCUUUAAAGUAAAAUCUUAAUUUGCUGAACACUGUUUAAAAUUCUACUAAUGCUGAGUGUUCAUCUCAUUUUCCAAAAAUUAAGUCUUGCUCAGUAGACAUUGGGGAUAAUGGGACUCAUCAUUUGAAUAUUUCCGAUUAUUGUAUUGGGUGAAUUUAGUUUAACUUUGAAAUAACUGAAGGUAUUGCUGUAUAACGGUGCUCUGCUUUGAAUAAAGAUUUAUUGACCAGU